AGAAAGGACAUCGCCACGAGCCCCGCGUCAGAGCAAAGCGCAGUUCGAGAAACUCAAAUCGACGCGCCCAAAAAUAAAAAAAAAGGUUUCGCGAACACCGUUUUGUCCUCUUCCAACAAAGUCCGUCCGGGUUCUCUGAUUCGAGCUGAAUAUUCUGUUUCCUGUACUUGUAUUGAAAGAACACCGUCAACAAUGGCGCAGCGGAAGCUGCAGCAGGAAAUUGACCGCGUGUUCAAGCGCGUGGCCGAGGGCGUGCAGGCGUUUGAUGCGGUGUACGACAAGGUCAUGACGACUACGAAUCAAUCGCAGAAGGAGAAGUUGGAGCAGGACUUGAAACGCGAAAUCAAGAAACUGCAACGUCUGCGAGAUCAGAUAAAGACAUGGAUGGGCAGCAAUGAUAUCAAAGACAAGAAAUCGCUGGUAGACCAGCGGAAACUCAUUGAGACGCAAAUGGAACGCUUCAAGGCCUGCGAAAAGGAAAUGAAGACAAAAGCCUACAGCAAAGAAGGUCUGAGUACCGUCCGGCUGGACCCGCGCGAGCGCGAGAAGAUGGAGAUGGGCAACUUUAUCACGUCGAUGAUCGACGACCUAGAUCGGCAGGUCGAACAGCUCGAGGCCGAGCUCGAGACGCUGCAGGUGACUAUGAGGCGCGGCAAGAAAGACGCGGCGAAAGCGGAGCGGUUGGCGGAGACGGAGUACCGGAUCGAGCAGCACAAGUGGCAUCAGAGCAAGCUCGAGGUUAUGCUGCGGUUACUAGAGAACGGCGAUUUGGAAGCGAAUCAGGUCGCCAACAUCCAGGAGGACAUCAAGUACUACGUCGAGUCGAACCAGGACCUUGACUUUGCUUCGGACGACGAGAUGUACGACUCGCUUAACCUGGAUGAAGAGGACGACAUCUACGGAAUGCACGACAACGACCACCAGUCGCAGGACGCGCACUCGACCCACGGCGAAGACGAAAAGAAAGAAAUCAACACGCCGACAGUGCCGCUUCUCAUUGCGAAAAAGGCAGAGCCGACCGCCGUCCGCAAAGUGUCUACCAAAUCCGCCGCCCCGCCGCCGCCGUCGUCGUCGUCUUCCUCUGCUCCCGCCGUACCUCCCCUGCCUCACCUUCCAAGCACAUCCAGCGUGCACGCGUCGACAAUCACCAGCGCGGCAAUGAAGCCCGCGCCGGCUCCCGCGCGCCCAGCAGGCGAGAGUCUGAAAUACGCGUCCGCGGCCGCAGCUGCUGCCGCCGCAACCCCCGGUCUCGCACCACUGCCUCCACCGCCGUCUGCCGUGCCCGCAUCUACUGCAGCUGCAGCGAAGACGGUGGCGGAAAAGACACAGGCGCGCGGCUCGUCCACGGCGUCGUCGCCGGCUCUGUCGUCUGCGACGGUGGCUACGAGUACGUCGAGUGCGUGGCAGAACGGGGCUGCUGCGGAGCAAAAGAGCGAGGGUGUGGCUAGUAAGUCUGGCACAGGUUCUGAGCGGUCGAACGUGUUUAGUCUGAAAGAUAUGGAAGCAGAGUUGAGCAGGGUGUCUGCCGCGCAAGCGGCAGCAGCAAAGUCGGCAACAACAGCAUCGGCAGCUGCAGCAGCGGCGGCGGCAGCGAAGGCGAAUAACGAGGAUCUGCAAGCACGGGACAAGACGCCAGACCUUGUGCGGUCGAACUCGAGCGCGGCCGCGUCGGAAGAAGAAUCGAUUUUCCAUCUUCCGGCGGGCCUGCAAGACCUCGUGUCUGGAUACGAAGCCGCGAAGGAGAGACUACAGAGUGCGGCGACGCCGGACGCAAUGAGCAAGAUGGUCGAGGUCUCGUUCGCGAGCUGUCCCGAGGCCGUGGACGCGACGAAGCCGAAGCAUUACCAGCCCAAGACGCCGUUUCCGACGUCGGCGUACUUCCCGCGGGAGCCGCUCGCGAUCUUUGACGAUCCGCUGCUGUACGAGAAAGUGGAUAUCGACACGCUGUUUUACUUGUUUUACUACAGACAGGGCACGUAUCAGCAGUACCUGGCAGCGCAGGAGCUCAAGAAGCAGAGCUGGCGGUUUCACAAGAAGUUUCUGACGUGGUUCCAGCGGCAUGAGGAGCCAAAGAUCAUCACGGACGAGUUCGAGCAAGGCACGUACCGGUACUUUGAUUUCGAAGGGACGUGGCUGCAGCGGCGGAAGGCCAACUUUGAGUUUGAGUACCAGUACCUGGAGGACGAGAUAUGAGUGUCGAUGUGAUAUAAAUAUGAUAUAAAUACUUGCAUUAUGUCACUAAGGCGAAUAGUAAAGUCGUAGAAG